CUUGCACUAAUCCAGCACCAAAUGGUUUCAGCAAAAAUCUAGUCUGUAUGGAUGGUAGUGUAAACCAGAUAGAAAGAUGUAACACAGCAACUUGCUCACAUUCAUUGACACAUUCUGAAAAUAAUUAUUUUAAUCCAACAUGUUAUGAUCACUAUACCAAUGGAGUUCUAACUGUUACCUCUGCUAAUUGGAAUAAUCGUUGUGGGUGUGGAGGAUGCAAUCAAGCUGGAACAUAUCAGAACCCAUGUGAUAAUUACUAUACAUGUUCUGUUCUUGUUAAAAAAUGUUCACCUAAUUGUAAUGAUAGAUGCUAUUUAUAUACAGAGAGUACAGUUAUUAAUGGUUUAACUUAUUAUAAUAGAAUUUAUUGCCAAAGAGCCUGUGAUACUUUGACCUCAUCAUAUACAUGUAAUAUUCCUCAAUGGACUCAAUGGUCUGAGUGGUCUGGCUGUUCUCUACCAUGUGAUAGAGGAUCCCAGACUAGAACACGUAACUGUGAGUCGGACACAGAAUCAGACACAAAAGACGGCUAUAUAAACAGAUGUGGACAGAGAUAUGAUGAAACUCACACACUGGAGACCAGGGAAUGUUUAUUACUAGGGAAUCAUCCAUAUUGUACUUAUUGUGAAACCAGAACAUUUAUUUAUGGUGAUGAUGUGGCAUUAAGAACUGUGAAAAAUGACACAGAUGAAGGGAAUGCUGUCUUGUUGAAGAAUGAUAUAGACAUCAUUAGAUGUUGUGGAUUAAUUGCAUAUUGGGAAUUUUUUGCAACUAAUCCAGGAACUUUGAAGUUUAUAGUAUGGAGAUCUACUGGUGAAGAUAACCAUUAUGCAGUUGUAGGAACCAACUCUGUUAACAUUUCUGAUGCUGACGUCAAUAAGAUAUUCAAAUUUAUACCUGACAGUGCUGACCGUAUAACAGUUAUAGCAGAUGAUAUAAUUGGAUGGUUUGAUGGUGGUGCUAAUAUUAUUGGCUAUGACAACUGUAGUUCUGCAUACAAUGCAUCAACAUCGGAUCAUCGUGACCUACGUCCAAAUUACUGCCCCACACAGACCUAUAAAAUGACCUUGGACAAGGAACCAGAAGAUGAAGAUAUCGCCAUGUGGUCUGGUACCCGAUAUAUUGACAGAGUGUAUGUUAUGCAGUACACUACAGUGGAAAAUACUCCUCCAUAUUUCAACUUAUCCAGAUACCAUAAGACAAUACCUGACCAUUCAGAUAUAGACUUCAGUAUCAUGGACUUUUACUUCAAUGAUACAGAUUAUGCUGACUGGUUUGUUCUAGUUAAACCAGAACAUGAUGCAGAUCCAUAUUUCUAUUAUGAUACUUUUGCAAAAACUGUUCAUGUGAAAGACCAACUUCCCCAUAUUAUUGGUCAACAGAAUUAUGAACAUACAUUCAUUGUAUGGGCUGAUGAUUCUUGUUACAAUAGAGUUUCUGGAACUGUUACAAUAACAUCAUUCAAUGGACCACCCACAUUUCCAGAUUUACCAAAGAGAAUAUCGAUAAGUGAGUCAAAGAUAGGAGCACUGUACACAUUUAGUGUUGAUGAUCCAUCCUAUGGACCAGACACCAUCACAUGUCAAUAUGAAAGAGCAAUACCUAAUUCAGAAAGCCACAAAUUUUAUAUUGAUGGUAAGACAAUAUACCUGUACAGCAAUGCUACACUGGACAAAGAACUGAAUCCUGAAUAUGAGAUUGUUUUAUCUUGUAAUGAUGGAACAGAUACAACAGUCUCUUUCCUUAAAAUAGAAAUAACUAAAGAAAUAACAGACUCAGAAGCACCUCCAGAUUUUGUCCUGAUAGAGACUGGUGUUAUAUUUGCUGGUACCUUUGUUGCUGUAGUCAUUAAUGUAGGUGCUGUAUAUACUAUGAUGAUGAACUCAUUAGUGAUAACUCCAUGAACAUGAAAUACAAUAUUGUAACAACAGAAAAACUGUAUUUUGCUAGAAUGAAGUCAAAUCUGUUUAUUCAAUUAGGUUUUUUUUCUGCAAAUAUUUUAAUCUCCGCUGAUUAUUUUUUAUUGCUUUAAAGACAGUUUAGAUUGUUAUGGACGAUCAAAUUUGUACCUUUGUGAAGAUAUAUACUGUCAAUUCAGAAAUUAUUGCAAAAUUUAUGCUUGAAGAGAAGAAUUUUACAAGCCUGAGAGCAAAUUAACAAGCCUGAGCUGGUGAUAUUGUGUUAUGCGUGAAAACUAAUUUGUUGUAAUUGUUAAAACAUUAUCAGUAUUAAAAUAAAUUGUUUGUUUAAGUA